GGCCACAUAAAUCUUGAAACAGGGGAGGGUUUUAGACUUUAGUAGACGGAUCUUAUCGUUUUGAGGGGGCAGGGCAGAUCAGAUACCCUUUGGGUCAUCUCAUUCUCAUCUUCUAUAUAUGAAUAUGAUUAGACACGUUUGGAUGUUGACACAUUACUCAGUCACGUUGAGCGGUGCUUUGUGGAGCAGGGGUUUCUGUACAAGAUAAGGGUAUUACUUGAGCCUUGAUUGACAGGCGAUGAUAGCCAGCCUCUGAUUAUGAGUGGGGAUCAAGGAAGCUAAUUGGCCGAAACAAGGGAGGGAAGGAGGGCAUGGCCUAUGGGCCUUCGAGUUGGAAGUGAAAGGGGUGCCAUGUGAUAACCCACGUGGGCUUCAACUCACAAGUGGGCCUCCAUUGUUGACAAGGCCCUCCUAUUGUACAUCACCCGGGCCCCACAACGUAUAUGUGUACUGUUGAUGGACAAGUCACAAGUGUCAAGUGUGUGUAGUAUAUAUAUUAUCAUUUUGGAAGAAAGGGUUCCUUAAUUAACUAAUGAAUGAUCCCCAAACCACCACAAACCCAGGGAAUCCCAACUAGCGAAAUGGGUAACACUACUGGAAGCUCAAAUGAAGGAGGGUGGAGGUGGAAGUGGAAGAGAAUGGUGAGGCAGCAGAAAGGCAAGCUGUACGUUAUGAGGGGGAGGCAUUGCUUGGGAUGGAUGAGACCGCGGGGGCUGCAGAAGCAGCUGCUUCCAACAUUGCUGUCAUGGCGAAGGGCGGCGAGGGAGCAGCGGACUCGCCUCUACAUCAUCUGGAAAUGCUCCCUCAUCCUCCUCACUUGGGACUCCGAUCACGACGACUAACUCAGCGGCUUCCCAGCCUUUCACCUCCAUUCCAUCUGAUGUUCAUCACCGGAGAGCCAGAGCAGAUGGGAACAACAAUUACGUUUCGGUCGAUCUGCAGAAGUUCGUUCAUGCGUGUAUAACAUACGUAUUAAGCAUGCAUAUGAUAUGUGCAUAGAAUACAAUACGCAUGCAUUU